AUGGCUAAUCUCUACGCCCAACAAGGGGAAGCGCCGCCCGUAGUAGGCGACGACGAGGAAGUCUUUGGCGCUGACGGAGGCCUUGUCGCCGAUUCUGCUGGCGGACGGGUGUAUCGAGGAGCCGAAGCCGAUCUCGAUUCCACUCUGCGUGGUCUCACUUGCGACUCCAGCAGCCUCCCAUCCUGGAAUCGGGGCGAGUUGGAGUCGAGUCACGUGCACCAACGCGCACGCUUCGUGCAACACCGAGCCGCCGCCGAAACGUUCUUGAAGAAGGAUCCCCAUCGAUUAUCGAUGGUGGGAAUGACAAGAGGGGAUGCGCUUGCAUGGGUGCAACGUAUGCAGGACCACGGGGGCAAGCGCAAAACUAUUUCCAGCCUUUCGAAGGUGGACAUCAAGCUCUUGGCGACGAAUUUGAACGUCGAGGCGGCAACGCGGAGGCUGCCGACGGACAAGAAGUUGGGCCCGGAACAAGAGAAGUGGUAUGCAGAUACCCGCAAAUCGGUGAUCGACAGUAUCUGGAGGAUGUGCGAGAUGAAGAAGAAGAAGGAUGGGUCCAAUUCGGCGCGAGCUCGAAAGGAGCGGUCAAGCAAGGGCAGUCGGAUGAGUCGACCAGGCUUAAGUCGCACUCGUCGCGUCGCGUCGCGUCGGAGCUAAGCUUCAGCCCAAGCACUGACACUCUUGAAUUGCUCCACCCUUGUACUGCUCGACAGCAAACAUCUAUCACGCAAGAAGCGUCUGUCACAGAGGGAGCGGAUCCGAACGAGCUAAACACCGAACUCGAUGUUGAUCCCGACUUCGAUGAAAAUGCAGACGACCCGGACCUCCAGAACGUCAACGAGCCAGGUUCGGGCGGAAAGCCUGUCUCGGACGAAGAGCGAUCGCGAUUGCUCGCUGAGAUCGCCCGUGGUCGUCAUGAGACCCUCUUUCGACGGGUACCGGGCUGUGAGUACAGCUUUUCUUCGAAUACGAUCGUGUCUGCCUGCCAUGCUAAAACAUGGCUCGGUCCUCUUUGGGUUAUUCACACGAGCUCUAGCUGUCGACCAUGACGGGAUGCGCGAUGUGAGACUCAAAGCCGAGCGCGACGCUUUCAACUUCAAAGCCGCCCGGGGGACAGGGACUCCCGCGUACAGAGGGUUCUGUGUGAGUGUGACUAGCUCUAUUCCCACCAUUUUCUGCAAACAGCAGACGAAGUUUCUCAUUACUGAUCCAGCCCCACGCCUUCCCACCUCACUUUAGAUUCGGAUGGCAACUCAACCGUUGGACGAUCCUGAGGCAAAGCUCCGCCAGGAUUUCGCUACACAAAUGCAAGAGACUCAAUACCACGCAGCUGUCGAGCGUCGUGCUGAUCGGGAAGAAAUCAAGGCCGAUAUCAAGAUGUACAUGGACUCCAUCGAUUCCAAGCUGGACGCGGUGCUCAAGGCACUGGCCGGGGGCCCAUUCCCAGGCACAUCGUCGUCAAGCGCGGGAGCCGCUUCUACGUCGGGUCCCUCGGCAGGCGUUGUGCAGCCCACCCCAGGUGCUUCGAGCACGAUGCCUUCAACACCUUUUGGCGCAAACGGUGCCCAAGCACCCUCAGCGAGUCAAGAGUAUCGACUUCCCCCGCCCGACGCAUUUCGCAGGGACGUCAGUGGCCGGGCGAUCAGUGUCCCAGAGAUCAUGGAACUUGCAAGGGGGCCCUCGGGUUCUUUCGAUUGGCGAAAGCUAUUGAACAACGUCGUCUCUCCGCCCAAACUAUGGCUCGUUUAUCGACCCAAGGAUAUGGCGGCGUACAAGACGAUUCAAGAAAUCGUGGACGAUUGGGAAGCGGAGCGCUUGGUCGGGAAGAACGAGAAGGCGCCACCGCUUUCGAUGCUCGACGAGCUAUUCCCGCAAUUCGAGACAGAGAGGCGAGUCGUAGAAAACUACUACAAGAUCAAGAACAAUAUUGUGCCUCCUUCGCCACCAAGAAGUACACGCUCAUCACAAGAGGCGGCUGUGAAGGAGAGUUGGAGGAAGGUCAGUUUGCUCUUGGUGCUUCGGUCGGGUCAAGCUACCCCAAUAAAUUCCCUACUUAUUGCUUUCCUAUCGCUCCGCCUCCACUCAUGCAGGAGUCCGACAUCGUAUUGGGGGGCUCGACAAAACUGUGGGCGAAAUUUAUCACAAUCAUCCGCGCGCGUGAAUACAAGGCCUAUGAGAUCGCGCAGCGAGCUGGUCGACCUGAAGUCAGCGCAGUCGCUCGCUCCGAAGCUCAGCAGCAGCUUGAACUCCAAUUUCAAAACGCAAAGAUGUCGAUCAAUCAGUUCGUGACGAAGGUGUUAACGAACGAUCCAAACGCCCCAAAACGGCCCAAUGCAAAGAAGCGCAAGAGCUCGGAGGCCGACGUCUGAGGUGACUUCGUCCCUGCUCCGAGUCGUUUUCGUCUGCCUUAGCUUUGUAGCAUAACAGUAACAAACACACGGGCUGGCUAAACCCAACGUCUUGUGUAGCUAGCAACUUGUUAUAGCAUUAUUGUAGCAAACACAUUGUAAUAUCUACGAGCACAAUUGCCCCGUUACGUAAUGGGCUUAGAUAAGAGAACUGCGGCUCCUCUUCUCCCUUGGGCUCCUCCUCUCCCUGUGAUCGCUCCAUCCAGGUAGCCAAGUUGCAUCUCCAACCAGCUCCUGCCCCAACAAUCGAUCUGCCUCCUGUGUGAUGGUCUCUGGCUCACGUGGCGGUCGGCUGCAGUGCCCAUUCUCUCGCUCGGAACGCCGACUUGUCGAGCUACGUCUCGCCCUGUCUCUCCUGACGCGACGUCGUCCAACACGGCGACGUCCCGCACGCUCAGGCUCUUUGCCUCCGCCCCGCCUUCAACCUCGACCUCGACCUCAAUAGCAACAAACUCGGCCUCGACAUCGAACUCAAGCCCAAGCUCAAGCGCAAACCCCAACCCAACCCGUACGACCUUGCCGCAGUGGGGGACGCGCUCCCCGGCCUCCCUUGAUAUCGUCGAGCCACUCGACCCCCUUAUAAUUAGGAUAGGAUCGCACCAGGAGCCGGCGGCCUCAAAAGAGCGAGCAACAGCCCGUCUGGUCGCCUGCGAGAACUCGCCCCAGUACAUCGGCGUCGCACCUGACCGCGUGGAGACGACCGAGAAGACGGCCGACGUCGUGGCUCUGGAGUACUUGAGUCUUGACCCAGGCUGCGGUCGCGCACGACCCAACCUGACCCAAACCCUCCCCGAAUGUAUGGGCCCCUUCCCCGUCAGGCCGAUCCGCAUGCCAAGGAACCCGACGCCGGUGCGGACCCCGACACCAUCGUGAACUUCAACGCGAACGAAAACGGCAAGGGCCAGCAUCACGACGAGCACGACGACGCAGAAGAAGAGAGCACGAACAAGGUCGACGCCCAAGAAGGACCUGAACCAGCCGCAACGCUCCUUCACACACAUGGCCGCCGUCGGCGAGACCACAGCGGGCAACUCCAAUGCCGAGGGCCAGUUGUUCCGACACCCGGCGGCGAAUCCUCACGAAGAGUGCUACAACUCAUUCGUCACGCUCGGGAACACCAAGCAGCUCGCGCGCGCGAUCGAGGGUGCGAUCGAGGGUGAGUGCUCAGAGCGGAGCGGGACAGCACGCUGAGGGGUGACCCCUCACUGACGACCCUUCGCCGUGCGUGACAGGGCAUGGUCAGCUCUGGAACUACGGCUUCGUCCACCGGGACGUGUCCUAUGGCAAUGUAAUGGUCUCCUGA